AUGUCUCUUGCUCUCAAAUUCACCUCUCUCGCAGUCCGCACACUUUCCAAACCCAUAGCUAAUUUCAUCAAACGUCAAGCCCGCGAGCAUGAAGGAUUCCGUCGGACAUGUAUUUCGUUUGCCCAGUCUCUCCACCGGAUUGACAUGAGAUGGAGGUUGGGUUUGUUGCAAGAUGCUGCCGCAGUCGAGCGACAGGCUGCCAAAGAGGCUGCAGCAGAGGCAGCCAAGAAGCAUAAACACAGUCAAAUACCUACAGUGAAGACCGAAACACAGGCAAAAGCAGAAGAGGAGGCUGCUGCGAAAGCUGCCAAAGAAGCAUCUGAACCACCCAAGCCACGACCCCGACCUAAGAUCAGGCCACUCUCCGAGGCGAAAGCUAUUGAGUCCGGUGCGACAUUCAUCAGUGAGACAUUUCUGUUCAGUGUGGCAGCGGGUCUUCUGCUGUUCGAAUCGUGGAGGUCACGGAGAAAAGAAUCCAAUCGACGAGAUGAUGUGGCAGAAAGACUUAAUGACCUGGAAGAGUCGGAAAACGCUGCUCGCCGGGCUCUGGUUGAGCUUGAGCGGGAGGUGUUACGCCUUCGAGCCAAAGAAGGCAGUUCAAAGUCACAGAAUUUAAAGAAUGUAAGAAUAUUACCCAAGGAAAUCUACGAGGAGAAGGAGGAAAAGGAGGAGCCUACAGGGAUAUUUGCCCGUCUCUCGGCGUGGGUGUCUACGAACAAAGCAGACGGUGAAGCAAAAGAAGUGAUAGAGGCCAAUGACCCAGGACCAGCGGAAAAGAUUUUGGUGGAAUCUGACAAGGCGUUGGCCGAAAAGCGGAAGCAUGCAGCAGAGGCAGCUGCUCAUGAGGAAGGAGCCAAACGGUGA